GAGGAAGUGGUAAAAUAAUCACGAUAGUCACUGACGAGUAGAAUUUGGAAGAUCUGAACCUUAUUUGCAUACAACUUUAACUUCAGAAUACUUAUUAAAAAAAAUAAGCAAUAAACUGUUCAAGCAUAACAUGAAUAACAAAAUUAUUGUAUUGUUCAAUUAACAUUUAUAUAAAUUAACAAUUGCUCUGAGUUAUUGUAGUGCAGGUAUCCGAACACCUUGUCAAAUAACUUUGUUUCUUAAAAGAAGCCGCCAGAAAUUAUAAUAACAAUGUUUUAUGUUUGUUAAACGUUAUGAUUGAUUAAAACUGCUGAAUGAGUAAAAUUAUAGAUCUUAAAAUGUAUCAUUUUCGUACUCUCCUUUAACCUAAAAUAGAAUAUGAGGUAUAUAAGAUCGAAAAUCUAUGAUAUUUUAUGUUCAAAGUGAGAAAACGUAGAAUUUCCCUAAGGAGCAAUAAUCUGGGCGAGAUCCAAUUCCAAUUAUAAUGUUGUUGCAUAUAAUAUUCGGAUUUCAAACGUAACUGGUAAAAUAACACGUAAUGCAAUAAUAGAUGAAGAAAAUUAAACGGUGGUGAAGCAAUCGAUAAAGUUAUUGGUUAACAUCGUUUCAAAUUAUUUAUGACAAUUUAUUAUAUUCUUUAGAGAAAUUCUGUGAAGACAAAGGGUACGCAAUGCAUCAUUUUAAAGAUCUGAUAGUAAACAAAUGUCAGCAUAACGCUACAUAACAUUUUAAUUGCAAUUUAUGUUAAAAUGACUAAUGCAAUAUUAAUACAUAAUUACUACAUGCAAGUUUUUACAUACUAAUAUUGCAAAUAACUCAAAUGAUUAUGAAGCGAUAACGUAUAUUAAAAUUCAUGAAUCGUUCUGACAGAAGGAUUAAUUGAAACAAGACUUCGUCACAAUGCCGGGUAAAAUAAAAGUAAAAGUAUUGGCAGGGCGCAAUUUACCCGUAAUGGAUCGCUCAGGCGAUACAACGGAUGCAUAUGUAGAAUUAAAAUUUGGCAAUAUAACGUACAAAACCGAUGUAUGCCGAAAAUCCCUGAAUCCUCAGUGGAAUUCAGAAUGGUAUAGGUUUGAGGUUGACGAUUCUGAAUUGCAAGAUGAACCAUUGCAGAUUAGAUUAAUGGAUCAUGACACGUAUUCUGCAAAUGAUGCGAUAGGCAAAGUUUAUAUAAAUUUAAAUCCAUUGUUGCUACCUGGAGUACCUCCUACUGUUAAAAACAUUUGGACGUUAGAGGCAGCUAUGAAUACCAAUACCGGUUCUCAGAGUGGUUCAGUCAUGACUGGAUGGAUACCAGUGUACGAUACAAUGCAUGGUAUUCGCGGUGAAGUUAACAUUAUUGUUAAAGUAGAAUUGUUUUCAGAUUUUAAUAAAUUCAGACAAUCCUCGUGUGGAGUACAAUUUUUUUAUUCACCAAAUAUACCUCACGGAUAUCAUACUCAAAGUAUUCAUGGUUUUGUAGAAGAGCUAGUUGUAAGUGACGAUCCAGAGUACAAGUGGAUUGAUAAAAUAAGAACACCCAGAGCUUCCAAUGAGGCCAGGCAAACUUUAUUUUUUAAAUUAAGCGGAGAAGUUCAAAGAAAAAUUGGAUUAAAAGCUUUGGAUCUUGGUGGGAACGCUGUUAUAGGAUACUUACAAAAUUUCGAUUUGGAAGGUGAAUCUGGUAUUGUAGCUCGGGGUAUAGGUACAGCUGUUACCCUUGUGAAGCUACACGAUACCUUAACUUUUUCAUCUGACAAUAUUGAAGAGGCAUACUUUUCACAACACAAAGCACAAAAGGAAUGUACAGGACUGAAUGAGAGUAUGUCAUUAUAUUCCGUCUCUCCUGCGAACAUCCCUGAUCCUCAUAUCAUGAAUACGCGAGUCACCCGCAAGAAACACAACCUACCAUAUCGUAUAAGGGCAUUAAGAAGUCCUAAACGAAUUGUAAGAGUGACAAAAUACUCAUGCUAUGAAUUGAAAGGCAGAAAGAACAAAGAAUCGUCAUCAGAAGCAAGUAGUUUAAAGACAGCUUCCGUUUCUUAUCCGGCUUUAACUGAAUCAGUCGUCCAGGAUGCAUCUAUUAGAAUGAUGUUGGCUCUGGAAGAUGAAAGAGGAGAAAGUAGUAAAAUAUUGAAUGUUCGCAUGAGAAAGUUAAAGAGAUUGUUUAGUUCGAGCGAUACAGAUGCUAAAAGUAGUAAUCCUCUUUUAAAUACUUCAGCUAGAUCUUCUAUAGUGAGUACAUAUAAUCCAUAUAAAGAGAAUUUAUUGAAAAAUGAUAAAGCUAAGACGGGAGUAGCUGCGCUUUUGAUAAAAACAAUACAUAGUGUACCUUUGGAGAAUGUUAAAGAAGACAAUGAAAUAUCAACGACACCUACUAAUAAUAUAAAGGAACAUGAAAAUCAGAUGAAAGUAGAUACUGGUACAAAUAAAAUUGUCAAGUCAGAAGUAAAAGUAAAGGAAGAUCAUGAUUCUUCAUUUGAAGAAAAUACAUCUACUUCUAAUAAUCUGUCAGAUGAUUCUUCACUUGAUAGUACUAGUUACAAUAUUUUAAAUGAUACAAAGUUUUCGACCGAUGAAGAAUUAGAAGCAAGUAACGUAUUAACGAAGAAGCUUACUAGAACUAAUAGUUUUCCUCAAAUGAGAGCAAAAUCGCUAAAAAUUAGAUUGCAAAAUAUAGACAGCGACACGUGCCCUCUUCACGAAAGCAGUACACCUACACUGUUUAAAUGUUUAUCCAUGAAUCAAAUAUCAUAUGAUUCAGAAUUUUCUAUGAAUUCACGAAUAAAGAAAAACGAACAUGUAGGAACAAUGACUGCAAAUGAUGUUGUAUCCGAGUCCAUUGCAGGUUCAUCAGAAUUGAAUAAAUACAUAAAUAACAAACCUUUGCAAUAUCAACAAAAUAUACACAGUUCACAAGAUUCUAAUUUUCCAUUGGCGACGAGUACUCCGGAGGAAAUUCGUCCUCCCUUUUUUCUAGAAACUCAAUCUAAAUUUACUAUUCAUCCUACCGAUUCUGAGAAAUGCGAUACAUCUAAAGAAUACACCGUAAUCACUAUACCAGAAAACAAUGAAAAUUAUAUACUCGAUAAUACUGAAUAUGAUACUUCUACCGAUUUGAAUAAUACCAAACACAGUGAUUUAUUGUAUGCUGAUGAUUCUGAAGUAUCUGUCUCAGCAUAUUCUCUAUUGCAAAGUGCAAGUGAUACUGAAAGUAGAGAUAAGAAGAUAAUGUUUAAAAAGAUAGAUGAAGAAGUAGACAAUGAAAAGUUGGAAGAACAAAAUAUAAGUUUAUCAACACAAUCACUCCCAUCUUUAAAACAGUUUCAAGUAUCUACUGUAGAGUCCAGUGCAAAAGAAGAUAUGAACAGUAGAGUCAGUAUAGAAUCAAAAACUUCGUCUAGUGCUGAAAGUUUAAUACAGUCGUCGAGUAAUGAAAUAUACGAUGUAGCACACCAGAAUAGACAGCGUCGCAUGUUAGAUUUAAUUAACAUAAUUGAUACAAAGAUGAUGGUACAACCAGAACAUUUAAACCAUAACAGUGGUGGUCGAUUUAGAAUGAAGAAACGAGACAAAGUAUAUAAGAAUUUUAAUCCUGAGGAUUUAAGGAAAACUUUACACAAUCAGUUUUUAAGAAAACAUAUUCGGAAUUAUAAACAAGCAGAAGUUAUGCACUCGUACCAAUUUCCUUUAAACGAAUCUGUACCAACAUCAAUUACACCUGAUUCCUCUUCCUGUAACUCCUCUCUAGAGAAUAUAAUCAUUCAACCACAUUUAUGCAGAACUGAGUCGUAUCAUUUAAACGAAGGCUUUUUCACCAAAAGAUCUACAGCUGAUUUAAAAUUUCAUGAAAUUGCUGCCAGAGAAUUAACUGCAGAUACUCCUAGCAGCGAUUCACUUAAAAAUCAUAGCGGUAUAAUAGAAAUGAAAGAACUAAAGCCAAAUGAUACUAACAUUUCAAUCUCACCUACAUCUGUAGAUCAUGCGGUACAUAAUAGUCAUAGCAUUUGUAAUAUAGAAGACGUAUCGAGUCAUAACGAGUCUACUAAUAUUACUAACACUGCUAACUCGUGUGUGUCCUAUCCUUCUCCCAAUCAUAGGCAACAGGACGAGGCAUCUUUGAGUCCAUCUUACCCACUUCCGGCUGUUCCUUCUAUGGUCUCAAAAGUAUGUCAGUUACCAACAACUAAGGCACAACCUACUGUAUCAUUGCAUCGAAGAUCCAGUGAUUCUGAUUUGAGCAUUACUCCAAAAGGUAAUUCUUUUGGCACAAAUGAUAAAUCAAUGACUGGAUUAUUAAAAACAUCAACUGCUGUUAUAAGAACUAUGAAUCAGGAUGCAUUUGAAAUGUUAGAGUAUCCAUUUAUCACAAUGCAACAGUAUCCACCAGGAUUUAUUCUUCAUAUUGGUGGCCUUGUAAGUUCAAGGUCAGUGAAGCUUCUAGAAAGAAUUAGCAAUUUGGAAGAACCUGAGAGUCGUGAUUCCUGGUGGAAAGAGGUCAGAAUGGAAGUUAGAUCACAUGCAAGAGCAUUAGCCUGUAAUGUCGUUAUUGGAUACAGAGAAGAAACUAGUAUUUGCGAUGACGUCUGUGUACUGAAUGCUUAUGGCACUGCAGCAGUAAUCAAUUUUCACAAUCCCAGUCAGGAUUCAGACAAUGUUUUUGUCAGCAGCAAAGGACAGUUAGGUUCAGGUACAAAUUCUGCGGAGACAGAAAAAGCUCAACAAAAAUCGGUACCUAUAAAAGUAGAAAAAAGUGAUACCGAUACGUCCGUGCCUACUUCAACGAAUCAAACUAUCAAAGUAAGGCAUAUAUCAGAGAGUAAAGAUCACGAGGUUCAAUUUUACAGUAAAUGUAGUUUGUGCCAUUUGGCAUAUAACGAGGCAAGUGUACCGUUUCGCGUGAACGUUUCAAAGUGUUCUGUUUGUAAGCGUGCCAGAGUACCGGAUGUGAUGUUUACGACUAUAGAAUUACCGGAUAAUCUAUCGACAACAGGAAGAGGAUGUAUCAUACAAGCUACCGCGUGUAAAGCCAAGAAAGAUCUUAGAGGAGAACUGAAUGCCAAAGAGAUUUCAGACUGCUUGCCAUUCCUGGAAUACGAAUUGCACAGUUUACUUUUAAACAAGCUGAAAGUGAAAGGAAUGAACGCGAUAUUCGGUUUGAAGUUACAAGUCUCUGUUGGAGAACGACUGAUAAUUGGCAUGGCUGUAGGUACUGCCGUUUUUGUAACCGCAUUACCUACACCGUCCAUUCCGCAGAUCGCAUCUGGAAAUUCUUGGCAUAAAGAGGAACAGUUAGCAGAGAUCCAGAAGACUUUAGUGGAGACUGUUAAACAGAACAGAGAGUUUUAUCGACUUAAACCAGCUGUAGACGUUGAAAAUGGACGAGUUACAACAUCCGACACCGAUGAAUCGGACGAUGAAUUGCCUGAUUUAGACUUUGGCGUAGGUCCAAGAGAUACGUGUGUAUUAGAAGUAGACGACAUCGAGGAUAUGGAUAGAAUUUCUUUACUGAUGGACGAUCGACCACCUGAAGAUUUUCAUGUAGUAAAUACUCAAACAAUUCCUGGUCUAGACGAAUUGGAGAUUGUAAGAAAUUUACAGAUGUUCACUCAAAUCUCAAGAACAAAAAUUCCUGCUGGACAAUUUGCAUCUAUGCCUUCAAAGUAUUUCACCAAGUUACUACAGUCAGUAUACUUUAAGUUAAGAAGAAUGAUUCCCUGUGCACUAUGUGAUAUGCAAUUUAAAUUGGCACUACCCGAACCAGAUGAGAUACAGUUUACAGUAAUCGGUAUGGCUCUUGGGUUAGGAGAUCCUGUAAAAAUGAACAAACUGAAAAAGAAACCAAUGAGCCACUCUGUGAGCAAAGAUCAAGUUAAAAAAUCAGAUGACAGUGAUAUGAUAUUUAAUAUUGACGUAGAUCAUACCGAAAUUUCAUCAGACAAUGCAUCCAGUAAUAAUUUCUCCUCUGGUCUAAUUUAUACGCCAUCACUGAAAUUGCGAACGCGAUCGCCUUUGCGUUCAAAACAUCAAACAAUAUACAAACAUAAACAUGUGCCUUUAAAGGGAAGAUACGGCGUGGACAUAACACCUUUGUCUUAUUUACCUGGUGGUCGUAUCGAGAGGUAUCUAGGAAAUUUAAAUUUCUUCUUCAUUCGUGAGAGCACAUCUAUCAGAGAAAAUGGUGGUUUAAGUGGGUUUACGCACAGUUUCGUAAUGGAAGUAUUAGCAAUUGUUCGCGCACAUAUAACAGCAUUGGGAGGAAAUGCAAUGGUAGCAUUUUUCAUGACUAAAUGUGUGCUUCUUCACAGUCCUCACAAAAACCAAGGUCAGUGUCUGAUCAAUGUCGGUGGAGAUGUGGUAUCCGUGUCGUAUUUUACGGAUGAGAAACAAGGUGGAGCUUCAAAUUGCUGACCCCAACCUCCACAUUCUGCGCCUCCAUAGCUACAAUUACACUCCGAGAAGCAACGGCGAAAAUUUGACUUCUCACUGAUCGACGAAGCUCGUUAAUCGUUUUGGAUGGAUCGUAUCUCAUUACCCUGUGAUAGAUUAGGGCUUGUAAAUAAUCGAGUUUCUAGUUUAUAAAUAUUGUAAUUCUUUUAAGCCGUGAAACCUUGAUCAAAAUAGAGAUGCUUAUGGAAACAUGUAUGUACUUUCAGUCGAUCGGCUUUUAUGUAAUGGUACAAUAAUUGUGUUAUAAAACGCACAUAAUUCUAGGGACACAUAUCGAGGAUUCUAAAGCUGCUUUGACAAUUAGGUGCCUUCAGAAUUGUACAUAAAGUUUGCGAACGAUUUUUCAAUUUGUUUCUUGUUGUUGCUAGCAAACUGUAUGAUUCAGGCAUCUGAAAGGUGUUUAAUUCUUUGUUCGAUCAAAAAAAAAAGUAGAUGUUUUGUUAAAGUGUAAUAUUGAGUUUGGAUAAUUACUGUAGAGUGUUCCCACGAAUCGAGCAUAGUUUGUCGAUUUUAAAGAAGAAGGUAUAAGCAUGAUAAUUGAUGUUAAUGUGAAUGGAUGUUAGCCUCCUUUGGAAUAUGGUAAAAAUCGGUGUUGAUGAUGUGUGAAAAUAUUCAAGAAUCUGGAAUUGUUUGUGAUUCUGUAGAUAAUAGAGUGACGAAAGAUCAUGCAAGCAAUCUCCAUGGAAAAUGGAAAAAUAAUUUAAAUUUUGCAAUUUAUAUCCUUGUAAGAUUGUUGAAUUUGUUUUCUUUUCUUUAUAGAAUACGAUUAGAUAAAGUACGGCUCACAAAGUACCUUGUACAAUUGAAUUAUUAUGCGUGCAUGUGCAAUCCUUUACACUCAAUUGUUGUUUCCAAAUAGUCACUCUUGUUUAUCUUUACGAUCUAACAAUUAUUGUACAAACAUUAAAUCACACGAUGAAUGUGCAUUGUAAAAUCA